AUGGGAUCAGCUAGAUAUGUCAACAAUAUAAACUACGAUGAACUGCCGAAUAUCGUUGUAAGUGAUGCCACGGUUCAAUUUAGCUCUUCUGUCAGAUAUCUGAGUGUCACAAUCUCCUGUAACCUCUCAUGGAAUCUGCAUGUGACAAAUGUCGUCAAAAGAAUUUAUAUGACGUUGUAUCAGCUAAAAUUAUGCAAAAAUUUACUGCCACAGAAGCUUAAACAGAAUUUAAUUGUCGCCCUUGUAUUUCCUCACAUCGAUUACUGCUGUUGUGUUAUGACUGACAUUACUGCUGAGCACAACCUGCGACUACACAGAGCCUUAAAUGCCUGUAUUCGAUUUAUUUUUAACUUAAGGAGAGAUGAACACAUUACUCCUUAUUAUGAUGCACUCCAAUGGCUCAAAAUUAGUGACAGGAGAGCUUACUUCAUGUGCUGCCUGCUUCAUCAAAUUCUAUCUACUAACAAGCCUUCUACUCUUUACGGAAAGUUCCUGUAUCGUGGUACUUCUGUAAGAAGCGUUAGAGCUCUGGCUGUGGACCUUAUUUAG